CUCCGGGCGGAAGUGGGGCAGCCGCGCGGGGCGGGCGUGGGAGCGGGAUCGGGCCGGGCUGCGCCUCCCGCCCGUCUGCCAGCAGCCUGGGCUCCAGGCAUCCCGGGAUGACCGCCUCGGUGCCUCCCGAUGCGCUGGGUCGGAGGGUGUCGUGUGGCACCGACUACGGGACUGUGCGCUAUGUGGGCGGCGUGUCUCGGACAUCAGGAAUUUGGCUGGGUGUGGAAUGGGAUGAUCCUCAGAGAGGAAAGCAUGAUGGCUGCUAUGAAGGGACACAGUACUUCAGGUGCAGGUAUCCUAAAGGAGGAUCAUUUAUCCGGCCAAACAAGGCAAAUUUUGGAGUAGAUUUUCUAACUGCAGUAAAGGAUCGGUACGGAUUGAAUGAUAAGCAAGAUAUUCAGUAUGGGACAGAGAAUACAGUAGUAUUUGGAACGAAGACUGUGGAAUUUGUUGGCAUGGAUUCUGUUGCAGAACAGCAAAGACAGCUGAACAAACUGGUAGAUAUCUCGGUGCGUGAGUGUGCAGUGAGCCAUGCUGGUCAGACAGAGGAAAUCAGCAGAACGUGUGCCAAUAUGAGGCAUAUAAACCUAUCAAAAAAUCUGCUAUCGUCUUGGGAGACAGUAAUAGAUAUUGCUUCUCAAGUUCAGAAUCUGGAAACACUUAAUGUCAGUGAAAACAAAAUGAAAUUUCCAUCUACAACAACUUCUAUAUCCAGUGCAUUUUCAAAAUUGAAGAUUCUGGCACUUAAUCAAACUGAAAUAACAUGGACAGAGGUUCUUCUUUGUGCUCAAGGAUGGCCAGCACUUGAAGAGUUGUACCUUUCUUGUAAUAAUAUUACAGUUUUGGAAAGGCCUGAUAAUGUCCUGAAGACCCUGAAGUUGUUAGACCUUUCAGACAACCAGUUACUGGAUGGAAAUCAACUGCAUCUAAUAGCACAUCUCCCCAGGUUAGAACAGCUAAUACUUAGAAACACUGGCAUAUCUUCUAUACACUUUCCUGAUGCUGGAUUUGGAUGCAAGACUAAAAUGUUUCCUUCACUAAAACGCCUUGCAAUAAAUGACAAUAAAAUAUCACAGUGGUCAUCUAUCAAUGAGCUUGAUAAACUGCCAAGUUUGCGGUCUCUGCAGUGUAACAAUAACCCUCUCAUGGACACAGAGAAGAACCCAGAGACCCUGAUACAGCUAAUUAUUGCCAAGAUAAGUCAGCUGGAGGUUUUGAACAACUGCGAGAUCCUUCCUGCUGAAAGAAGAGGAGCAGAGCUUGAUUAUCGCAAAAUAUUUGGAAAUGACUGGUUAGAAGCUGGUGGGCACUGGGACCCAGAGAAAAACAAACCAAGCGAAGAAUUUCUUGCUGCCCAUCCCAGAUACCCAUCUCUCUGUCUCAAAUAUGGUGCACCUGAAGAAGGAGAACUGAAGGGACGACAGCCUUUGACUCUGAAAAAUCAGCUUCUGACUUUGACAAUUAAGUGUCCUGAGAAACCUGAACAGAAGCCAGUAGAGAAAAAGCUACCAGAGUCUAUGACUAUUCAGAAGGUCAAAGGACUGCUGUAUCGCCUAUUUAAAAUUCCUGGUUCAGAAUUGAAACUGUCCUACGAAAGUUCUAAACUGGAAGGAAAAGAAGUUGAACUAGACAAUGACUUAAAGCCUUUGCAGUUUUACUCAAUAGAAAGUGGAGACUGUGUGUUAGUACGGUGGUAAGAAGGGACUCUUUUGCUAGACUGAAGGAAAAGCCGACACAGGAACUGCAGAAGAGUGACAGAGUGCCCGCAGGCAGCAUGGACAGCCUGUGCCUGAACACACCUAUGGGCGAAUAUGAGUUUCACACGUGGCACCAGAGGGCUGUACAACUGUACUUUCAGCUCCUCACCUCAAUCAUCAGACUCCAUGAAAGCAUCUGCUCAUUUCUCUUACUUGAGAGACACCAAAUAGUUUAAUGCUUCAACUAAAUAAAACUCAAGGUAACCUUUCUGCCAA